AUGGCUUCUUCACUUAAAGCACAAUUGGCGCAGAUUGCGACCAACUCAACCAAUUCAUUAAAUCUCAAGGCGCAAAAGGCUGCGCAUUCAAAGUCUCUGAUUUUUGAACCUAGAGUAGCGGCAUCACAAAGUUUCGACACACUCUACCCAUUAUGUCACGAAGGAUUUCAAGAACUAUGUCUACUCGACGGUCGGUUCCUCGAGUUCCAGAAGACAAUCUUCAGCGAACAAAGUCAGACGGUGGAUCGUACACAGCUGCCAGUGGCAGAGAUUUCCGAAUUAGACAAACGGCUGGAAGCAUUCUUGGGAUUGGUCGGUGGCCGUCUACGUCUGAAUCCAGCAAUCAAAGCAGUUGAAUGGUUGGUGAGAAGAUUCAGAAUUCACGAGUACAAUACAUCUUUUUUCUUGACAACUUUCUUACCAUACCAUACCCUACCUAUAUUUACCACACUCCUUUCCUUAAUACCAUCGAAGAUUCCGGCAGAAUAUCAAUUUUUAGCACCAUAUAUUCGAUCCUUGACCCAACCACAAAGAAGGCCAAUUGUCACAGCUGCGACUGAUAGCACUAUUUUCGCCUCGACACUCAAUGCAUAUGUUUUGCGUAUAUGUAAAGCUAGGCAGCAUUAUCCUGCUCUUCUAGCUUUUUGGGCUGGUAUCAUGACUGAGGCUACGAGUAACAUGCUGGACAAGGCUCGCUCUGGGAGAAGAGGAGUUCAACAACAAAACGAGCAGGAUGUGAUAAUGAGAUUGCUACCAACUCUCAACGAAGGUCUUUCGAUGCAAAAGGUCCCGGACUUGCGAAUUGGAUGUUACAUGAUCUUGUCAAUCUUAGCUUCCAAAGGAGGAUUGGACGACAAACUCCUGACAGCAAUGAUGGAAGCAUUGGUUCUUGGUUGGACUAGCGAAACCGUUCGUCCUGGACUGGUCUGUCUUUCAAUUUUGGCACAACACAGGGGCGCAAAGCAAAUCACAAGACGUGUAACCAAAGAGCUGCUCAAGGUUCCGGAUCUUGCAACUCAAUUGAUCGAAUUAGGAAAAGAGCGACGAAUCGACCGACUUUCCAAUGGACUAUGUCUUUCCCUUGUUGACAGAAUAAGUAAAAGCGGAGAGGUUCAAGGUCUUCCAACCAUCGAAAAGAUUGUGGAACAUGGUCUUCUUAGCGAUGCGCAAACUUCUGUGGUUGUGAAGCAUCUACUGCUGGUGGCGCAUCGUGUUGAUGAUGCUACAGAUUCCGAGAAGAACACUCGAGCGCAUCUCGCAUCAUCUCUUGUUGCGCUAACACAACUUUCUGGUCACGUAGGGACUGUUAUUCAAGGUGCAUUAAAAGAGACGGAUGUUGAUAUGGAUGAAUUAGAGCUGAAGCUCUCCACCACAAUUAGGCGAAUAGAAGCAGCAAAAGAGGCAGAUGAAGAUGUGGUAAUGGGAGAUGAUGAUACGAAAACAGAAUCUCGACCCGAUUUCCGACAACUAAUUGAAAAGCUUCCACAAAGCAGUGAUAAGGAGACCUCGUUCUUAGCGCAUGGUGCUUCCCGCAUCUACCAAGAUUUGUGUCAAGCAUUUUUGGUCGCCGCAGUUAAUGCCGGCGACUUGGAUGUAUUUGAUGAGCUACCUAUCAUGAAUCGCGCAAGUGCCCUGGAAAAAACUCUAUAUCUCACAUUUUAUAUUAGGAUUUGGUGCGGCCCUUAUCCGGUCAUGGCCCGAGUUUCUGCACUUCACUUGGUUGCUCGAUACUUAUCAGGACAUGACAAUGCAAGCGUGGAUAUCCAAGGAAUCAUACCAUAUGUGAUUUCAGCGCUGGCGGAUCCUGCGCCUAAGGUUCGUCGUGCCGCAGCAGAGCUAAUCCUCAAAAUUGAGACGUUUUACCCGGCUGGCGCAAUCACAAAGAAAGCUUCUAGCUCCCGACAACAAUGGGCAUUCGACGAUAUCUAUGGCCCAGGUGAAGAAACUCGAGAGACGAAAUGGUUGUCAAUUGAUAACGCUACUCGUCUUUUGAGAGAGGUUUUAGUUCCAGCUUUAGAAGAAUGUGUUCUCGAUAAAACCCACAUUGAGUCUGUAGUGGAACAGUCUUUGAAUAGUCCUCGUGCUUCUGCAGAGUCCAACAAGAAGAAUGAAGUACGCUUGACUCAAACUACGCGCGCCUCGAUUUUGUCAUUCCUAUCCAGUCACGUCAUUCACACACCUGUAUAUCCGGUCAAACUCAGACUUCUUGUCAUUCUCAAUCACGUUCGUAGCAUUGCUAGCACUACUAGAACCAAAGUUCUACUUCCAGUACUUGAACAAUGGGCAUCCCUCAGUCCAGAAGUAGCAUUGCAACACUCGAAAGAUGAACAAUUUGCCAUGGCAGACUUCGAUAAACAAGCAGCUGCGACCGUUGUGGCUAAUGACAAAGAAGGCUUGCAAUUCUUCACUCAAAUUGUUCACGGCGAAAUUGCUUCGGGCCGCCCUACCCUUCUUGAGGCCGUAUUUGCAAGACUGCGUGAGAUGUGGACGUCUUUGAAGGGUGAUGUGCAGCUGCAGACAGCUCAAAUGUUGAUGGACGCUUCCCAAUCUUCAUCUGAGGGAUCUAUCAAAUCAGCGGAAGAAGCUUUAGAACUCCUGCGAAACGCUCCUCUUUCAACAGAAAUUCUUCUUUCUUUCCUCGAUCAAUUGCCCACGACGGCGAAACUUACAGAUGCUCCACCUGCAAGUAAAAAACGGCGUACUAGCCACGGCGAAGUUGCUAGAACUUCUUUACAGGACCCCAAACAACUUGCGGCUGCUAUACGCCAAGUUACAUUUGUUUUGCAACUCAUCGAUACUUCUGAUCCAGGAAACCAUCCAGAACUUCUCAAGGGUCUUUUUAACACCUUGGCAGAACUUCAGCACUUCAAGGUUCAAGUUUCAUCCGAACUUGCAUAUCUCCAAGAUUUAGUUUUGAAUAGCCUACUAUCAAUUCUGAAAGCACACAAGGCCAACCCAGACAUGGAGUUAGACCAUUCUGAUAUCCGAGCCGAUUUACUUGUCGAUUGCGUCCAGAAAACAGCCAGUCCACAGGUACAGAACGGUGCUUUAUUGAUGAUUGCUGCACUUGCAGACAUCGCACCAGAAGUUGUGCUCCACAGUGUUAUGCCCAUCUUUACCUUUAUGGGAAGCUCAGUACUAAGACAGAAUGAUGAUUAUUCUGCACAUGUCAUUAGUCAAACCAUUCGUGAGGUCAUUCCACCUCUUAUCACCUCGCUUCGAAAAGACAAAGGCAACCCCGUUACAGGGGCUGCUGAGUUGCUCUUGAGCUUUGUUGCGGCGUAUGAGCAUAUUCCUGUGCACCGUAGAAAGGGAUUGUUUAUUUCUUUGGUCCAAACUCUCGGAGCAGAAGAUUUCCUAUUCGCGUUAUUAAUCAUGUUGGUGGAUAAAUAUGGUGUCAGCGAUGAUAUUAAAUCCUUCUCUGCGGAGCUGACCAAUGCAUUCAGCGUGGAGGUUCAACUUCAGUCUGCAAUUAAAUACCUCGAGCUGAUUGAUGAUCUCUUGGCUCCCCAGCCAACAUUUUCGCUGAUUCUACUGGGAGCUCACGAGAAGAUUGACCCACAACGUGCAGCUCUCCAUGAACUCACGCUUCUUCCGCACAUACUCUCGCAACGACGAUUGAUUACACAAACUGCAAAACUUCUUGAUCGAGACGAUAUGGACGCUGCUAGAAUUCGCGAGCUCUACUCCACUUUACUGGAAAACUUGUUGGUCUUGACAGAAUCCCUAAAAGACAAGAAGGCAAUGCACAAUACUUGUGGAGACAUUCUAGAAAGUAUUUUGGGUCUCCUUUCCACAAGCGAAUUUGUCAAAUCAGUCGAAGGACUCUUGGAUAGACCUAAUGAGGACUUGCGACGAAAGAUUUUGCGCUCUUUACAGGUUCGCAUCGACCAGGAAAGCGCAUCAGAUGCCGUUUCAAGAGUUGCAAUGCUUGGGUUCUUACCCCAGCUUACCUCAAUCAUUCGAGAGUCUACUGACAUGCCUUAUAAGCGUACUGCUGUGGCUUGUGUUGAGAAAAUCUCAGAGAAAUAUGGAAAAAAGGAUCUCGAAGCUGUGUCUGCAGCAGCAGAAACCAUUGCAAGUAAUCAUUGCUUGGGCCAGAGUGAUGCUGGCUUGCAAAUUAUGGCUCUUCUGUCCUUAGCUUCUUUGGUAAAGAUUUUGCGAGAAGGUAUAGUUUCUGUGUUGCCUGUUGCCAUUCCAAAGGCUUUGGAGUACAUCAAAUCAAGCAUCGAAGACACUGUUGAGGCUCAGAAACUCCACAACGCUGGAUACACUUUUAUAAGCGCUCUCGUACAACACCUUCCAUACAUGAUUACAGGCGGAUAUCUCGAUACCCUUUUUUCAAUCUCGAACAACUCAGCAGAGGCUGAGCUCGAAGACGAGGCAGAUGAAAUCAGAGAAAAUUGUCUUCACUUGGCUGCAAAGCGUGUGGAUGCUAAGAGUAUGUUCGUUGCCUUGGAGAAGAACUGGGCGCAAGCAGUAACGGCAGGAACUUGGGCUAUCCGUGAGCAACUUGAGAUGCUUAGCAUGUCAAUCAAAGCUCAUCCAAAGAGUGUUGUCUCCAAACAUUCCACUGUACUUGCAAAGAUAUUCCAAAACGCGUUCGAUCUUCGAAGACACUUGUCUAACGCGGAUGAUUAUGACCAAGGCGACGAGACUAUUUCAGAAAUAGAAGGACAGGUGAACGAAGUCGCUUUAGAGAUGAUCUACAAGUUCAACGAUUCGACAUUUAGACCUAUAUUCUCCAACCUGGUUGAAUGGGCGUCAACAUCAUUGCCCAAGAAAGAUAAGUCUGGCAGAAACCUGCGUUUGCAGAGUGUUUACGGGUUUAUGGCCGUUUUCUUUGGCAACCUCAAGUCAAUCGUCACAAGCUAUGCCACGUACUUGCUUGAUAAUGCCGUAUUGGUCUUGAAAGAGACCGAUAUUAAGAAUGACGCUUCGAGAGAAUUAUGGACAAGAGUUCUUCGAGCUUUGAUACCAUGUUUCGAGCACGACCUUGAUGACUUUUGGCAAUCUCCAGCUCAUUUCAAGGCAAUCGCUCAUGUCUUGUGUGAUCAAUUUGGGAACGCCUCCGGAUUACCUUUGAUCGAUGAACUUGUUCCCGCUAUCGUUGAACUUGCUGCUGCCGCUGAUUCGUCGGAUCAUCAUAAGGAACUCAACGGGAUGAUCUUAAAGCAUUUCCGCUCAGAAGUAUCUAGUGUUAGACUCGCAGCAGUCAAGUGCGAGCAAGCGUUGACGGAUAGAUUGGGAGAGGAAUGGUUGGCUAUGUUACCAGAAAUGUUGCCAUUCAUUAGUGAGCUCCAAGAGGAUGAUGAUGAGAUAGUAGAGAAGGAGACGAAUCGCUGGAUUGUUAAGAUCGAGGGGGUGUUGGGAGAGAGUCUGGACUCCAUGCUUCAAUAA